AUCGCAGAAACCUCUAUAAAUAAAUAGGCACUCUUCUACAAACUCAACCUUCACUUCGAAACUCUUAACUACAUAUUGUUCUUUACAACAUUUAUUUCGUUAAUUAACACUAAAAAGAAAUGUCGUCCAUCGGAGCAAGUUACGCACACCUACAAGUCAUGCAGAAGAAGCAAAAGGAGAAGAUGAAAAAGAGAGAAAAAGAGAGAAACUUCGGCCACGAUGAAACUCAUAGCCGUGAUGUCGAAACCCCUUUUGCCUCGGGAAGGAUUUCUAAUAAAAUCUAUCCUUCUCGUUUAUCUUAUGAACAAGUAGAGAUCAAAUCCCAAAAGUGAAUUUCAAAGUGUAAUGAAAUUCUUGAAGAGGUUAUUCAAAGACUUCUCUCUCAAGUAUUUGUCCUUUAUGUUUGCAUGUAAUUAUGUAUGUAUGUGUGAUGUGUCCAAAACGUAUCUUGGUCGUGUUUUUGUAGUUUUGUGAAAGUGUACAAUUUGUGUGUUAAUUGGUGUUAUGUUAAUCAAGUGUUAAAGGUUAUUCCAUUGACACACGCCCAUUUGAUUUACAAGUAUAUUACAAGAUUUGUAAUUUGGUAAUAUUGGACUGCUA